UAUAUAAAUUUUUUCCUUUUUUGUCAAUAUAUAUAUAUAUAUAUAUAUAUUAUACGUUAUUUCUUUCUUGUUUACCCAAAAAAAAAAAAAAAAAACACUAUCUUCAUGGGAACUGUCAUCGACUCCCAUUUCUUGGGCCUCACCGCCAUUGUCACGGUGGGUUAUCAAUUAAUCUUCUUCAUAAUCACUGCUCUUCUCAAAUUCGACAAAGUCACUGACUUCGCCGGAAGCACCAAUUUUGUUAUACUUGCUUUGUUGACUCUGAUAGUCAAGGGUUCAUGGCAUUUUAGACAGAUAGUUUUGAGUUUACUUGUGGUAGUAUGGGGUCUUCGCCUGGCACUUUUUCUCCUAAUGAGGAUUUUACAAUGGGGGGAGGAUAGACGCUUUGAUGAAAUGCGCUCAAAUUUGGGAAAGUUGGCUGUCUUCUGGAUAUUUCAGGCUGUCUGGGUGUGGACUGUGAGUUUACCUGUGACUGUGGUCAAUGCUAGCAACAGAAAACCAUCACUGCAGGUUGAGGACAUAAUUGGGUGGAUCAUAUGGUGUGUAGGUUUUGCAGCUGAGGCUAUAGCUGAUCAGGACAAGCUGACAUUUAAAAACAUUCCAGAAAAUAGAGGGAAGUGGUGCAAUGUUGGAUUAUGGAAAUACACACGUCAUCCAAAUUAUUUUGGUGAGAUUCUCCUGUGGUGGGGGAUUUUUGUGGCUUCCACACCUGUACUGGAUGGUGCAGAGUGGCUUGUAAUCUUCGGACCAAUCUUUCUCACAUUGUUGCUUCUCUUUGUCAGUGGCAUACCAUUACUUGAGGAAUCUGCGGAUAAGAAGUAUGGGAACAUGGAUGCAUAUAGGCAGUAUAAGAGAACAACUAGCCCUCUUGUUCCGCUGCCCCCAGUGCUGUAUGGGAACUUGCCAUUGUGGUUCAAGAAAGCUUUUCUCUUUGAGUUCCCGUUAUACAGUCGUCAUCUUCCACAAGAAGGUACAUACUGGCAUUUAUGAUGUGUGCAAGGUAUAGAACAAACCGGGGAGAAAGCGGCGAUGGAUUGAAGAUGAGUUAGUGAUUGAUUCUUUUAUGAUACUGUAAAUUCCCAACUAUUGGUAAUCUGUCAUUAUUAUUCCUUUAAGUCUCCAACUGUUACCAGUUUGUGAUAUAAGUAUUACAGUAUUUCUGGUUUUCUUGUUGUUCUUGGGAUGAAUUUUAUUUUAAUUAGAAUGAAUUUGCCACAGGAUUUUAUUUC